GAAGAACUACAACACAUGCGUGACCUCAUCAACGAGAACCAACAACUGCGCUCUGACCUCGCGGUUGCACAAGCUCGUAUAAUUGAGCUUGAAAAUAGCCAAGCCGGUGUACCACCCACGGAUCGACCAACGAACCCAAUGGAUAUGGACGGCAUUGCCCGACAUGAAGAGAUCCUCACGACCACCAGCGAGUCAGCAUCUGACAACACGGCAUACACGGUUAUUUACAUGCCCUCACCACGCCGUACUCUCCAUAGCGAAAUCCGUCGCGCUUUGCGCCUACUUAGAGCUGCACAAGAGAGAGUUAUAGAUAUUCACUUCCCUGCCCACAGCGUCGUGGGCCUGCUGAUUCACUCCUCGUAUGAGCGAGAGUUGCGCGAGCUACUCACACAGGCGAAACUUACACCAAAGGACAAUUUCAAUCCAAUCGCGGCAUCGACGAUCGGUGAUCCAACAUUACUCCGUGAUAUGACCGAAACGGAACAUGAAAAAGAAGCCAAAACACUGUAUCAAGAACGGAUGCUUACC